CGGAAGAGCCCAUGCGUUUAGUGCACCGUGACCAAAAGUGCCAUGGCCGCUUUCUCGUCUCGGAGUGCUUAUAUAGGCUAGGUGACGGCCAUACCUCUCUCUCUCCCCGACGCUGAUGCAAUGGCACAAGGUAGCAGAUUGUCAAACUGCGGGCGAGUAGCCGCGGAGGGGACAUAAACCCAAUAAUCGGUGCCACAGGGCCAACUAUCAGUGCGGCUCCAGAACAGCAAUCUGACACGGGCAUACAUGCGCACUGCAGUUUAUAGUCAAUUCGAGUCUCCUCCGACGGAGCCACACGCAGCAGUGACUAUUCCGACCUCAGCCUUCUCCAGGUCCUGUUUCCGCCGCAGCCUUUUCCACCCGAUUUUGGACCAAAACAUUGCCACUGCGUCAGACUGUAACUUCGUCAGGCCCCAUCGCUCGGAUCCCGCGGAAGCCUGGUGUGUCAAGUGAAGGAGCCAGGCCAAACACAUGAAGUAAGACAGGAGGACGCUAGAGAAAGUGGUGACACGUACAGACCAGGGGGGACCAGCAGGGGGCUAGGAGUGGAGCGGAAGGCGACACAGUCACAAAGAGCAAAAGGUGGAGACCCUAGCAGGACAGGGCUAGAACAACAGCAAGGGGCGUCGGUCAUGCUCUAGCACACGGAGAAGAGGCUGAACCUCACCAGAGAUACACUGCCCCAAAAACCCUCCUCUCUCUCACCACCUCCCUCCCACUGCCCCUGCACUGCGGUGCCAGUGAGGAUGCCCAGGCGGCUAUUGUGACGGGUCGCGACGGUGUGUGUAGGUGGGCAGGCUGAGCUACGAUGCGGCCAUGGGCGGGCUCCUGGCGCUGGGUUACCCUGGUACUGCUGGCGUGGGGCACGCUGCUAUUCUACAUCGGGGGCCACCUGGUGAGGGACAGUGAGCACCCAGAGAGAUCCAGCAGAGAGCUAUCCAAGAUCCUUGCCAAGCUGGAACGCCUCAAGCAGCAGAACGAGGACCUACGACGCAUGGCUGAGUCCCUCAGGAUACCUGAGGGCCAGGUAGAAGAGGGAGGAGCCCUGGCUGUGGGGAGGCUACGCUCCCUGGAAGACCAGCUGACCAGAGCCAAGCAGAAGAUACACAGCUUCCAGAGACUGACCGGAGAUGGUCCGGGCCCCACCCAGGAGGAGCUGAGGCGGAGGGUGGAGAACGGUGUGAGGGAGCUCUGGUACUUUGUCAGCAGCGAGGUGAAGAAGCUGGGCCAUGUGGAGGCUGGGGAAAGGCCCAGACAAGCUGACACCCUGAUUGAAGACCUGGGACACCAGCAGAGGUCCAUCAUGACAGACCUGUAUUACCUCAGCCAGGCUGACGGAGUUGGAGACUGGAGGGUGAAGGAGGCCAGGGACCUGUCUAACCUGGUGCAGAACAGGAUCACGUACCUACAGAACCCCCAAGACUGCAGUAAGGCCAGGAAGCUGGUGUGUAACAUCAACAAGGGCUGUGGCUACGGCUGUCAGCUGCACCACGUGGUCUACUGUUUCAUGAUCGCCUAUGGCACACAGCGCACCCUCAUCCUGGAGUCCCACAACUGGCGCUACGCCACGGGCGGCUGGGAGACUGUCUUCCACCCCGUCAGCAACUCCUGUACUGAGCGUACCGGGGUGUCUACAGGGCACUGGUCAGGUGAGACCCAUGACAAGGACAUCCAGGUGGUGGAGUUACCCAUCGUGGACAGCCUUCAGCCCCGCCCCCCCUACCUGCCCUUGUCCAUCCCUGAAGACCUAGCCCAGCGCCUCCACCGGCUCCAUGGUGACCCGUCCGUGUGGUGGGUGUCUCAGUUUGUCAAGUACCUGGUCCAUCCUCAGGCCUGGCUGGAGAAGGAGAUCCUGGAUACCACAGCCAAGCUGGGUUUCAGGCAUCCCAUCAUAGGGGUCCAUGUUCGGAGGACGGAUAAGGUGGGGACGGAAGCAGCAUUCCACCCUAUAGAGGAGUAUAUGGUUCACGUGGAGGAACAGUUCCAGUACAUGGCCCGACGUUUCCACGUGGACAAGAAACGAGUCUACCUGGCAACAGAUGACCCUUCACUACUGCAAGAGGCUAAGACCAAGUACCUAGACUAUGAGUUCAUCAGUGAUAACUCUAUCUCGUGGUCGGCCGGUCUGCACAACCGCUACACUGAGAACUCUCUGAGAGGAGUGAUCCUAGACAUACACUUCCUGUCACAGACUGACUUCCUGGUCUGCACCUUCUCCUCACAGGUGUGCCGCGUGGCCUACGAGAUCAUGCAGACGCUGCACCCGGAUGCCUCCUCCUUCUUUCACUCACUAGACGACAUCUACUACUUCGGGGGCCAGAAUGCCCACAACCAGGUCGCCAUCUACCCCCACCACCCCCGCAGCCCAGAGGACGUACCCCUGGAGCCCGGUGACGUCAUCGGCGUGGCAGGGAACCACUGGGACGGCUACUCAAAAGGGGUCAACCGUAAAAUGGGGCGCACCGGUCUCUACCCAUCCUACAAAGUCAAGGAGAAGAUCGAAACCGUAAAGUACCCCACGUACCCCGAGGCAGACAAGCUGCUCUCAAACUCUCAACGGAAGUGAAGAAGGAAGGGAAGGAUGAAAAUAAAAAGAGAGAGAGACACUGAAUCAGUUAGACUGCACAUGUUGUGAACAGAGAGAACAGUGGGAAAGGGAGAAAGAGAUGGAGGUGAUUAGACUGCACUGAGAGUGUGUGGGCCUGCCUGUGGGCAUUUACUUGUGUGUGAGUGUGUAUAUCUGGAUGUGAAUCUGUAAAUUGCUGAAUCUUGCACCUGCCACCACCCUGUCCCGGUGCACACAGAUGGGUUUUAUAGAGAAAUAGGAAGGAACAUUGAUUUCAAACGAGCCUGAAAACAAUUAAAGGUCCGUAGCCGACAACACUCACUCUCCAAGGCAGACUGGGAAUGGGACUAUCCAACUGGGACUAUCCAAUCAGGGCAAGCCUUGGAUCGAUAAAAAAAAAUAUUUAAAAAGCCUUGGAUCGAUGACUGGAAAACAAUUAUAAACAAGAAAAAGUGACUUGUUUUCAUUUUUAUUAAAUUAUUUUGGUGGUUUAAA